UCACGUAUUUUAUAUUCCUAUUCCGCACACCUAUAGAUUUGAUUUUAUGUACAUCUAUAUAGUAGCACAUAUAUAUGCGAAUCCAUUCUUUCAUAUCUUCUUGUCCGUUUCUUCGCUUUUAUAUCUCACCUGCUAUUCCAUUUCAUCAGCUUAGCGGUAUCAUCAAUUGUCUCCUUUCAAGAGAAAUUAUAAGAAAUUUAAUAGACUGUAGAGAUGAUUAGCGAAAGGAAGGUCGAUUCUUCAACGUUGCAGAUCGCUUGACAACCCAUUGUCGGAUUAUUCAGAUCGAAAUAAUUGUCUGCAAUUGUUAUUCCUAAACAAUGAUUAUAUUCUUUUUGACAUUUUUCUGAACUUUUUAUCUGCAAUUCAACCUGCUGAUUCAGAAUCGCAUGUAUAUCCACUAGAGGGAAAUUAUAUUUCAAUGAAGAACAACGAUUCCAUGUACAGAUCGGUUUAAUAAAAUAAUUCAAUCAAUUGAGACUGGUAAAAUUACAAUUAUCGUAGCACUAUGUAUAAUCAAUUGAGGAAAAAGAGUGAAUUAUUAUACAAACUAUCGCACGACACACGAUAUAUAUUUACAAAGGACGAGCUUUAAUUAUCAUGGUAUUUUGAUUAAAAAAAUAAUUGACGUAUACGUUUAACAAGGUGAGUACAAUUAUUUGCAACCGAUAAAAAAAAAAAAGAAAUUCAAACAAUUAUUUUUCGUAAAAUUUGUCAAUUUCGUGAGAUUUGAGGUCUGUUCUUGUUUUUUUUUUUUUUUUCUUCUUAUUGUCAACGAGAAAUCGGAGUGCGGUGUAUGGAAUGCAUAUCCGAAUGGAGUAGCUAUAAGGUUAAAAAUAUGAAAGAUACUGGCGCAGAGAUGUACAAUACAUACCUACGAAGAUGCAGAGAAUCCCAGAAAUAAAGGGAAAUGUUAAAGUAGCGGAAGCGCAGGCGUUCGAAAUGUGUCUGCAGUGUGGGGUGCGCUUCUGCGCCCUAAUAUUCUACGCCUGGAGGACUCCGGGGGUAGGCAGAGGAGGUCAGGGGCGACAGUGCGGGUCCUGGGGGCGGCGCGGGCGCGUGGGUCCGUUGUAACAACCCCUAAAUGCGACUGUCGGGACGUGGAUUUAGUCGGGUUGUUCUCGAGUGAUAGUCAAGCGCGUUUCCGUCUCGCUCGCUCGCCCGCCGUCUAUCGUACAGCCUGAAAUAAAAGGGAAAUAAACAAAAAGAAAACAAAGAUAAUAUAAGAUAAUCAAAUAAAAAAAAAAGUAAGAAAUAAAUUCAGAAAGAAACCAAAAAUACAAUAAUCUCCCCAAACCUUCUACCCCCCCUAAUCACGCGCUGAUUCUUGUAUAUUAGACAUACUUAUAUUUCACAAGGGGACAAAUAUCGCCGGACCGCAUAUUCCCAUCUCACGCGCUAACGCACCUUUUAAUCUCAGUAAUAAUUUUCUCUCGUGCACCGCAACGUUACAACUUUGCGGUAGCCUAUACAUCGACGUGAUCACGCUUUUAUCGCAACUGUCGCGCACUGCGGAAGUAUGGAGUGCCCUGAGGAGGCGGUCCAGGAACAAGGUCGAAACUUCCGAUUACUCUCUCCCGAAGAACUACCCGAGCUGUUGGAUUUCCUCACCGGAUAUCUUCCCGAAUCUCUUAAGUUUCAUCAAACCCUGCUGACGUACCUGGAGGAAAGAGUUUGGGAAUUUCAUUUUUACGUGGCCAACGGGUGGCCGAAACUUUCCCCCAUCUGCCUUCACUUCCCGGGAAUGACGUUGUCCCCGCACGGUCUGCCCUACGAAAGCGUCGGCGUAUUUUGUCCCGGCGAUCGUUUGGACCUGUUGGAACUUUUGCGGAGCGAAGAUAUUUUGGUGGAUUGGUCGCGUCCUCUCUACAUAAACUUCACCCAUUGCGACAUAGUCGACGAGUUGGUUCGCCUUUACGGCGAUACGGGAACGGUAGAACGUGUAUUGGGUGAUAUUUGGGCCUGCGAGGAACCGGAGAAAACGAUGCAAAUAGAAGACGAAUUAAUAGAAGGCGAGGUGGACGUGAGGGUGCAACCACUGAGGGCGGAACACGCGGAGGGAAUUCACGAAUUGUAUCCGGCGAACGACAUGGAAUGUCACGAGGUCUUCCUGCGUUUGAUAAAGACGUUGCCGGCGGCGGGAGUAUUCGCCGGCGAUCGUCUGGCCGCGUGGAUGGUGCAGUCUUAUUACGGGGCGAUGUUUUCCAUGCAGACGAGACCGGAGUAUCGAAGAAAAGGAUACGGUACUAAAUUGGCGAGAUAUUUGACGAAGGCGGUCGCUGACAGGGGUUACAAUCCGUUCGUGGUUAUCAGGCCGGAGAACGAGGCGAGUCAAAGUCUCUACAAAAAAUUAGGAUUCAGAAAACUUUAUCAAACGGUCCGAGCGACAUUUACACCGGAAGGUUGGCAGGAGCCUGAAUUAGAAGAAUCCAAUGAAAUCCUGAGAGAUAACUUAGAGAACGCCGUUAGACAAUUGAAACAAAGAGUAAUAGAGGCAAUUCAGGACGAGAAGGAUCAAGCUCUCCGCUGCAAAGAAACAACGGUGGACGACGAAGAAGAUGAGAACGAAAAUGAAAAUGAAGCGGUGAGCAUCACCAGUGACCUUGGCGAAAGUACGACCGGGGUGACGAUAGGAAGCGAUCCUCUGGAGUCGCCGGGAGAUUCGUCGCGGCCGUAUUUUCAACAUAUUUGCAAUUCGAAAGACGACGUCCUCCCCAGUAGCGACGACAACCGCGUGAUCCACGAAAAAUAUGCUUCCGAGGAAGAUGUUGACCCCGGAGCUUCGGACGACGAGCCUAAGGUAUUGCUUAACGGUGACCGACGAAUCGAACACGAAGACAAAGAUUCUUCGGUAGGGGUGGAAGCUGAGGUGGAGGAGUUAGAAGUUGAAGUCACCGAGGACAAGGAAAUUAUUUGCGCACCUUCGGUAGAGGAUAGCAACGAAGGUGACGGCGGAACAGAGUCCAGCGGUUGUAGGAACUAAUUAUUCAAUUAUGUACAAUAAUAAUAAUAAUAAUAAUAAUAAUAACAAUAAUAACAAUGACGAAAAUAAUAUUAAUAAUAUAUUAUACGGUAUAGUAACCUCGUUUCGACGCACGCGAUCUAUAUACGAUUUGAGAUAAAUGAAAAAAACUUUAAAGAAUUAAGACGAAAAGAGAAAAAACCUUAAAAUUAAUUAUUAUUAUUACAAAAAUAAUAAUAGUAAUGAUAAUAAUAAGAAUAAUAAUAACAAUUAUUAUUACAGUAAUAAAAAGAAAAAUGUCCUAGACUUUAACGUACUAUACAUAUACAUAUGCCCCGUGCUUGCUUGACACACGCGAUAGAAGCAGGAUAGAAAAAAUUGCGAAAGAAAAAUUUCUUCAAAAUAUAAGCUAUGACGAUGACGACGUAUAAAAAUGUAUAAGUUAAGACUUUCGAAAAAAUGAAAAGAAAACAAAAAAAGUUGAAUUAAUAAUAAUGACAAAAUAAGAAAGAAAGAGAAGUACAACUGUAUACAUCUUUCAACGGAAUCAACGUAUACCAUAAAUAUGAAUAAAUAUUUUGAGUUCGUGCGAAAUAAUGAAAAAUUUUCAAUCAUUAUUAAUAUUAUUAUGUACAACUGGUAUUGUUAUUAUUACUAUUAUCAUUAUUAUUGCGCGUGGAGUGGCAUACGCUCCUCAUAUCAUAUGUGUAUCAUAUUGUAAGUGUAGGGAUUGAAAAUUUCCAAAAAUUAGAAAACCAAGGCAAAAAAAAGUAAAGAAACACCGAUGGAUACGACGGGAGAAUGACAGACGCGGUAAAGAUACGAAUGUAAAAUUUCGGGGAAUAAUAAUCGCGAGUGACACGUGGAUCGUUGAAGUUACUUAUAAACCGUGCUGUCGAACGGUGGGGUGAAGUAAUCGUAACAGCGGUACAGUCCGACCGCGUAGCAACGUGAUUCGAAAAUUUCUAUAACGAACAAUGGCUGUACAGCACGCAAGAACGCACUGCAGUGUCUGACCCCGUUGUAGAGAUGUCGAAUUAUACAAUAAUAGUGCGCGGGGCACAUUAAGGAUAACAAUUACGCGCGACGGGUCCCGCCUUUGUCCAAACCCAUCUCGCCACCUGCAGCUGAGUAAUUUAUUGUACAUAUUUUCAUCGCGGUAUUUUUCAAAAAACAAAAAAAAAAAAAACAAACGCUGAAAGAAAAUAAAAAUUGCAACAAAAAAAAUAUAAAAUAAAAAAAAAAAAAUAACAUAUAACAACAAACUUGGCACAAUGCUCAACGCAAUUAUUAUCACAUUCGAUAUAUAAAAUAGGUAUAUAUAUAUAGCAUAUGUGUACCUAUAACAAUAAUACGUAAUAAUAUAUCUUCAGUUUCGCACGAAAUCAACUACAUAUUCUACUUUCGUAUUAUGUAUAUUACGAAUAAUUAUACAUAUAAAUAAAUUACUGAUUAACCAAAAGCAAAAAAAAAUAUGCAUACAUAUAUCUCAAAUUUACCGCGCAGAGGGAGCCCCACCGCCCUGGAUUGAAUGUCCGUACUUGUAAGUUAAAAUAGAACAAAAAAAAAAAAAACGUGAUGAAAUCGACAAAUUUAAGAGAGGAAAAAAAAUAUCCAAUGAAAUGAUAGAUCAACAAGUCCGUUAGUUGUAUUAGAUAGGAUAGGUAGGAACUUGUGUAAUUUUUUUCUACGUUUUUAGCAAUAUAAGAAAAAGAAAAAAUAAAAAAUGAACAAAUAGUAAUGGUAUUGUAUAGAAUGACUAAUAGCGAUGUAAAGUAACUCGAAAAGAUUGACUGCGCAGUUAAGGAAAGGGGCCAGAGACGAUGAAAAAAAAAAAAAUGUUCUUUUUUUUUCUUUUCGGAAAAAGAAAUAUGAAAAGUGGGGUGGGGUGGGGGGCACUAUUGGGGGCUCCUCGAAGGCCUCCGUACUUAUUUUAAAAUUAUCGGGGGCCAGCUGUGAUACUACCUAACUCAAAGAACCUUACAAAAGCUCUAGUAAAAUUAAUGUACCAAAAAAUAAAGAAAAAAAUUAAAGAUAACAAAAAAAAGAACAAAAAAAAAAAAAUAUUAAACGAAAUAAAAAAUCUUAGUCUAUACGAUAAUAGCGAAACGAUUAAAAUGAGAAUUGAACAAAAAAU